CUAUCGUGUCAAGACGUAAGGGGGCAGUGGCGUGUCAUGUGAUUGAGAAGCUGCUGGUGGCGAUAAUAAUAUCAGCGGCACGGGAAAGUGGAAAGGUGCAAAAAUGCUUCCAGAGCUUACGUUCAACAUCGAUCAUGGAUAUUUGGAGGGUCUUGUAAGAGGCUUUAAAUCCGGGAUUCUGAAACAAUCCGAUUAUCUGAAUCUUGUUCAGUGUGAAACUCUUGAAGAUCUAAAACUUCACCUUCAGAGUACAGACUAUGGCAACUUCCUGGCCAAUGAACCCAGUCCUCUUACUGUGUCUGUUAUUGAUGACAAGCUGCGGGAGAAGCUAGUGAUUGAAUUCCAACACUUGCGCACACACUGUUUGGAGCCUCUGGCCACAUUUCUGGACUAUAUGACAUAUGGCUACAUGAUUGACAACAUCAUCCUUUUGAUCACUGGCACAUUACAUCAACGUCCUAUUACUGAACUGAUCAACAAGUGUCAUCCACUGGGCAGCUUUGAACAGAUGGAAGCAAUCCAUAUUGCAUCCACUCCAGCCGAACUGUAUAAUGCUGUGCUGGUUGACACACCUCUGGCACCAUAUUUCCUAGACUGCAUCAUGGAGCAAGAUCUAGAUGAGAUGAACAUUGAGAUCAUCAGGAACACCCUGUACAAGGCAUACCUGGAGGAUUUUUACAACUUCUGCAAGUCGCUAGGUGGAGCCACAGAGGAAGUCAUGUGCUCUGCCCUGUCUUUUGAGGCAGACAGAAGGGCUUUCAUCAUCACCAUCAACUCAUUUGGCACUGAGCUAAGUAAGGAAGACCGUGAAAAGCUGUACCCACGCUGCGGCAGUCUUUAUCCUGAUGGUCUGGACAUGCUGUCACAGAGUGAGGAUUACGACCAGGUCUCUCGGGUUGCUGAUUACUAUGCAGAGUACCGAGAAUUGUUUGAUGGUGCAGGAAACAACCCAGGGGACAAAACAUUGGAGGACAAGUUUUUUGAGCAUGAGGUAAAACUGAUGAAGGACUCCUUCAUGCAUCAGUUCCAAUUUGGAGUGUUCUAUGCCUAUGUCAAACUCAAGGAGCAAGAAAUUCGCAACAUCAUCUGGAUUGCAGAAUGUGUGGCACAGCGCCAUCGAGCGAAGAUUGACAGCUAUAUUCCAGUGUUUUAAAUCCUUACUUUCCUUUUUUGCCACUUUUCUAGAGGGUCUUCUUUAUCUCCACUGACUUUAUUUCCAAAGAAUUUUAGAUGUUUGGUGUAAGCUGAUAAGAGUUACGGACUGAUACAUUUUGAUUCUGCAUAACCCAUAGUGUACUUCUUACUAAAAGGUCAUAACUAGUGCAAGGCAGUAAAUCUUGCUAUGAGGUUCUUCUGUGUUAACUGGACUUUGUACAAAAUAAGUGACAUAUGGCUGUGAUUACUUGUGUACAUAGAUUUAUGUUAAUGGUUAAUGGCAUAAUUCAGAACAUUUGAUAACCUCCAUGUGCUCUUUAUGUAUACAUAGACAGCGAUGCAAAAAUAAAUGUGCAAAUAUUGGUUUAGAACCUUCACACAACUAUAUGCAGACAGAUAAAGCAUAGCCAUCAGUUUCAGAAUACUUAAGUUUUAAGAAUUAUUUAUUCUACAGCAUUAUGAAAGGAAAAUGUAGUCAUGGUUUGAUGGAAACCAGAAUGGAUGCAAAGGUACUAAAAAUCAAUAAUAAUCAUCAUGGUUGAGUACCACCAUUCUCUUGUGGGCUUUUUUUUUUUAAUGCAGUGUGUCAACAAGGCUUGUGUCCUUGAGAUUAACUCAUUACUAGACAUUGUAUGCUUCUGUUAUUGGAGUGGUAAGAAGUGUAGUUUCGGGGAAAAUGGUGAAAAUUAAAAAAAUAUAUUUUUCAGCCCUUUUUUUUAAUUUGUAAAGACAUUCCAUGCGGUACAAAGAAAAAAUAAAUUUGUUUGUGAAUUCA